AAAUCAAUACAUUCUGACAUAACUUAAAAAAGUGAGGUUAUUGCCGAAAAAUCUGACAGUUUCAAAAAACCGAUAUUCCGGCUGACCACUUCCAUUCCCCAGUGCAUGACGAACCGUAAUUUACAUAAAAAUUAAAUCCGAAGUACUCGUUUGAAAUAACCACAAGGACAAGGUCGUUUGAAAGUAUUCUGUUAAAGAUUCUAAAGAGAAAUCGUAUUGGGCAUGCUGCUUUUAUAUUAUUAGUUCGAUUUUAAACGUGCAACGUCGAAAAUGUCGCAAAUGGGUCGUGUUAUUGUUUACGGUGGCAGAGGGGCUUUGGGGGCCAAAUGCGUGUCCCAUUUUAAGGCAAACAACUAUUGGGUUGGGUCAAUUGAUUUGGGGGAGAACACAGAGGCUGACUUAAACAUCAUCGUCAACAAAGAUCAACCUUUAACUCAACAGGAAACAACUAUUCUUGACUCGGUUAAAACCGCAUUAGAUGGUUCAAAACUCGACGGAAUUUUUUGUGUCGCUGGUGGAUGGGCUGGCGGUAACGCCGCAAAGGAUUUGGUGAAGAAUUCUGAAUUAAUGUGGAACCAAUCAGUAUGCAGCUCACUGAUUUCAGCUUCCAUUGCUGCACACCAUCUUAAAGAAGGAGGUGUUUUGCAAUUAACUGGUGCAAAGGCGGCUUUGGAGGGUACACCUGGUAUGAUUGGUUAUGGGGUUGCCAAAAGUGCUGUGCACCACCUGACCAAGUCCCUUGCCAUGAAAGAUGGAGGACUUCCCAACAAUUCGACCGUUUUGGCUAUUUUGCCGAUUACUUUGGAUACACCAAUGAAUAGAAAGUGGAUGGCAAAUGCUGAUUUCACAACUUGGACUCCCUUGGAAUAUGUCGCAGAGUUGUUCUUAAAAUGGGCUUCAGGUAAAGACAAGCCCACUUCUGGAAGUCUCUUGCAAUUGGUGACAAAGAAAAGCCAAACGGAUGUAAUCCCAGCUUAAAUCUAAUUAAAAUGAUGGAAAGUGGACCAAAUAGAAAUUGUUGUAUUAAUUAUUAUUUUUUAUUAUGAUUUUUGUAUAAUAAAUGUUUAGCAGA